AAUACAAUUUACACACAAAAAACUGCAGAAGACCAACUUCUCUGACUGCAACUCUUCCCCGACUUCUUCAUCUUCUUCUUCUUCUUCUUCUUCUUCUUCAAAUCAACCCUCCAAAACUAGCUUCCUUUCUCUCUCCUCACAUUGUUCUUCACCAACACUCAAUAGCAUCUCAGCAGAAACGCCAUUGUCUACUCUCGCAAUUCAAACCCCCUUCAGUUUUCAAAUCUCGCAGAUCUGAUAGUCUCCGUCGCCGUUGAUUUGGGUCUGGAUCCACUGCAUCAGAGAUGCCGGUGGCCGCUUCCGCCGUCUACUUCUUGAACCUCCGCGGAGACGUUCUCAUCAACCGUCUCUAUCGUGAUGACGUCGGGGGAAAUAUGGUGGAUGCUUUCCGAAUGCAUAUAAUGCAAACAAAAGAGCUUGGUACAUGUCCUGUGCGGCAGAUUGGUGGAUGCUCUUUCUUUUACAUGAGAAUCAGCAAUGUUUACAUCGUGAUUGUAGUCAGCAGCAAUGCGAAUGUAGCUUGUGCCUUCAAGUUUGUUGUUGAGGCUGUUGCGCUGUUCAAAUCUUAUUUUGGUGGGGCUUUUGAUGAAGAUGCAAUUCGUAACAAUUUUGUUUUGAUUUAUGAGCUGUUGGACGAAAUUAUGGAUUUUGGUUAUCCCCAGAAUCUUUCUCCAGAAAUUUUAAAGCUUUACAUCACUCAGGAAGGUGUGCGCUCCCCAUUCUCUUCUAAGCCUACAGAUAAACCUGUCCCUAAUGCAACUCUACAAGUUACAGGUGCUGUUGGUUGGCGGAGAGAGGGCCUUGUUUAUAAAAAGAAUGAGGUCUUCUUGGAUAUUGUGGAAAGUGUAAACCUUUUGAUGUCUUCCAAAGGUAGUGUUCUACGCUGUGAUGUAACUGGGAAGAUUCUCAUGAAGUGCUUUCUUUCUGGAAUGCCUGAUUUAAAGUUAGGGUUGAAUGAUAAGAUUGGCCUUGAGAAAGAGUCACAACUUAAAUCUCGUCCUACCAAAAGUGGAAAAACUAUUGAGCUCGAUGAUGUUACUUUCCAUCAAUGUGUAAAUUUGACAAGGUUUAACUCAGAGAAGACAGUUAGUUUUGUGCCACCUGAUGGUGAAUUUGAAUUGAUGAAGUACCGUAUAACUGAGGGUGUGAAUCUUCCUUUCCGGGUAUUGCCCACAAUUAAGGAACUAGGUAGAACCCGCAUUGAAGUAAAUGUUAAGGUAAAGAGUGUUUUUGGUGCGAAGAUGUUUGCGCUUGGGGUUGUUAUCAAAAUUCCUGUGCCAAAACAAACAGCAAAAACAAGUUUUCAAGUGACAUCUGGUCGAGCGAAGUACAAUGCAGCUAUUGAUUGCUUGGUUUGGAAGAUAAGAAAGUUUCCGGGGCAAACUGAGCCAACUCUAAGUGCGGAAGUUGAGCUGAUUUCCACGAUGACAGAAAAGAAGUCUUGGACAAGACCACCAAUUCAGAUGGAGUUCCAGGUUCCAAUGUUUACAGCAUCUGGUUUACGUGUACGCUUUCUCAAGGUAUGGGAGAAAAGUGGUUACAAUACUGUUGAGUGGGUUCGCUAUAUCACCAAAGCAGGUUCGUAUGAGAUUAGGUGCUAGAGAGAAAUACAGGAUUGCUGCUGUGAAGACUUGAGAUGAUUUUACGGUGGAUGCAGGAAUACUUUUAAGUGAGUUGAAUGAUAAGAUAUUGAAGAGUUUGUAUUACAAGGAAAAAUCAUAGGAAUUUUUAUUGAUUUGUCAUUGUGUCAAUAUGAUUGUGGUGAAUUUGUCUGAUAUCCUGUUGUACAUGCUAGUUUACUCUAGAACUGGUACAUGAGGCUCUGAUUGUUUUUCUUUUUUCUAUGACAAAUUUGUUGCGUUUGGCACACCUUUCAUUUAUGAAAUCAUGAGAUUGUAAGC